AUGGGACGUCGACAGGCCCGGCGCAAGGAGCGCCAGGCCGAGCGGGCGCGAUGCGUCCCGAGGCUUGAUUCUCUGAUCAUUGAUCAAGCCAACUUCGACGGCUCAUGGCGACGCACGCAGGCCUUGAUGUCACAUCAGCGACAAGGCCGAAAUGGUGGCUCUGCCGACAUCAUUUGCGGGUGUGAUCCGUCAUCUCGAACCAUUUGGCGAACCUGUGUGUAUUAUUACCUCGCGAUGAACCCAGCCAGGCCACUCGUCCCAACCGACAACCCCGAUGAUCACAAUCGACGGAGCGGCAAAAGCAACAAAAACAAGUCGUCGCAAGCUCCGGAGCAAUCAGAACCUGUCGAAUACGGCCGAGUCUUCUUUUUUAUUCAUCGCUCCAUCCCCAGAGACCAUUGGGAUGUGAGAUAUCAUGAUGCUCCCAAUCAAGAUAUGGCGGCCACGCUUUUUCUUCAGACUCAACAGGGGCAGAUUGCCAUCCACUGUGUCUACAAUGUGAACCAGCCGGCCAAGGACGGUCGACCAAAGAGACAUAUCGAUGUCGAGACCCUCGUUAAGGACACGACGGGCCCUGGUUUUAACAUCGUGGAUGAGAUGAUCGUCAAGGCGAAGAUGGCACUGUUGACCAAGCCGGGAACAGUUACUUGCACUAGAGGUAGUGGCGCUGGCCAUUCCACAGCUUCAUGCAUCGACCUCACCUUCAUCAGCCGCGCUUUGCUUCCCCAAGUCAAGCAUUGGGGAGUCUAUCAAGACAACCCUUGGAAGCCGAGCGAUCACCGCCCCAUAAGGACAGUCCUGGACUUGAGGUGUGACCGAGACGACAGCAGGAUCCUGCUCUGGAACCGUGUCAACAGCAGAGCUUUCCUCGAAGCUGUCGCACUGGGUCUUCGUCAUCUCGAUGACAUGCCACUGGUUUCCCGUCAAGACGCGGAUGACUUUGCAUCGAGACUCAUCCAGAUUAUUUAUGAGUCUAUACAGAAGCAUGUCGACAGCUGCCUUGCAAAUCCCCCUCCGAGACAACAGCUGCUAGAUCCUCGCUUGCGGAACAUCCUUUCGACUGAUUGCCUCUCAACUUCCGCGGGCUCCGACAUUCGACUGGAUGACCACGUCAAACGUAUGCAACGCAAUGCCCAAAAGGCAUAUCGCCAAAGCAUCGGCAGUAAGGCACUCUGGGUGGCGACUUCGAUGGGCAAAGCGCAAUGCCAGCCUCGAAAUGUCAUCAAUAUGCCCGCACUUGUCCAUAACGGAACUACGUUUGCUUCAGAGGAAGAAAAGCAGAACUGUAUCCGCAAUUUCACUUGGACAGAGACGAGCGACUGUGCCCCUCCGGAACUUCCCUUCCCAGACCUGAGCCCUGAUCGGGAGGAGCUCGAAAUGGAUCUGGUCUUGACGGAGCUUUUGAUCAUUGCCAUGAUCCAGAAGCUCCCGUCAAAGAAGGCCUGCGGGGAGGACAAGGUCCCCAACGAGGCCCUCAAGCUGUGUCGCACGUUGGUAGCACCUUACAUCGCUAAGCUUUUCAACGCAUGCAUCAGGCUUGGCUACCACGCGGCAGCCUUCAGGAAAGCCAUCACAGUGAUGUUACCUAAGGCUUCUAAGCCUUCCUAUGACCACCUAAGUAGCUGGCGACCUAUAGCACUCUUAUCGUGUCUUGGCAAGCUAUUUGAGCGGUUUCUUGCCCAACGCCUGAAGAAGCUUGCAUUGGAUCACAAGCUUCUUCCCGAGACUCAGUACGGUGCCCCAGGCAGAUCAACAACAGAUGCUCUCAAGGCCAUGUUAGGUGUCAUUCGGAAGGCCUGGGUCUGGAAACCUAAAGGCCACAUAUCUCAAUUGUACGUCUCAAUGGUUGCACUUGAUGUAUCUGGAGCCUACAAUUGUGUAGAUCGCAUCUUACUUCUCCAGACUCUUGCCGACCGCGGCGUCGCUACAUGGUUCCUCCGCGUUAUUCACUCGUUUCUUUCCGACCGCUCCAUCGUUCUCAAACUGCCCCAGAGCGUUUCAGACCCUUUCUUCGUCAACAUUGGAAUCCCCCAAGGAUCCCCGCUGUCCCCCCUACUCUUCUUAUUCUACACGGCACCGUUGCUUAUAAUGCUUGCCGAAGAAAUCAAGAAGCUGGAUCGGCCAUAUGUUGAGGUUCAUGUCUUUGCCUAUGUGGACGACACUUAUAUCAUGGCUGUGUCUCCCUCCUACGAGGAGAACUGUUCUAUCUUGAAGGUGUUCCACGAUCUAAUCAUGAAGUGGGCCAAAGACGCUCAUCUCUCCUUCUCUCCGGAGAAGUCACAGGUGAUGCACUUUCGACCUGGCGUGAGUGACGCCAAACAGAAGAGUGACCAACGGAAACGCGAGGCCCUCGGGUUGACCGGCCCGCCAAAGGUUGAACCCCCAUGUACGCUACUGCCCGACAUCGACGAGCUCAGGAACAACCCAAAAUGUCUUCAACCGGACAAGUUUUUGGUUCUUGGGCUUAUGUUGGAUCCCACGCUGUCUUUUGAACACCACUUGACACUUAUCGAGGAAAAGGUUGAGACAGCAUUGAUGUAUCAAAGACGGAUAUCUGGGGCCAACUGGGGGAUGACGCUCGAGAAGACUAGGCAGUAUUACAUCUGCAAGAUUCGGCCUGUUAUUUCCUAUGCUUGCGCAGCAUGGUUUGUCUGGCGUCCAUACAGACCAGAUCUGCCGGGUCUGCACCGCUCGUUGCCACCUGGCCAGAUAGCACGACUCCAGAAGCCGCGGUACAAGUGCAUCAAGCUGUUGUCCGGUGCAAUACGUGGCACCGCACGAGUUGUCCUGGAGAAGGAGUGUUACAUUGACAGCAUCGAAAUCUUCCUCUACCGCAUGUCAAGGUCUUGUCGCGCCAAGUCUUUGAAGGUGCGCCCUCACGACUUCUGGUUCAACAAGGUACCCCAACACGACGAGGAUGGAAGAUCUCAUGAGAAGUUUCAUGACUACAACGAAAGCGCCUUCGAUGUCCUCCAGCGCAACGCGCGAGUGCUAGUCAAAGAAGCUGGAGAACGAUUUCAAGAUACUUGGAAGUGUCCGCCGAAAACAACAGUUCUUGAAGCUUGGAGAAACCCGGCAAACCGCAACAGGGCAAUCCGACAACAGGCGAUUCGGCAGGCGACCGAGGCAAGUAAAGUGAUAUGGGAAGCCCACCGCAGGGAACGAAAAGAUACGAAGACCACUACGUAUCAGCCUCCCGCAUUCGAAGAGGAAUGGGGCGGAGAGAGUUUAGCUUACUACCGAGGUAUGACGCGACCCGAGUCUACACUUGGCAUGCAACUGCGGACUGAGUGCGUUGGACUCAACUGGUACUUGAACAAGUGCCACGUGUUCAGGGAGGUCAAGUCUCCUGGUUCCGAUACGGUCGUCAGGGUCCGAGUUGAAGCUACUUGUACCUGCGGGCACCCCAACCAGACGGUUUAUCACAUGUUCAUGGAGUGUCCUAAUCUCCAUGAUGCCAGGUUACUGUUGAUUCGGAAGGUCAAGCAUUUUGGAUGGGAGACGCUUCUGACAACUAACCUGAAGGUUGCUGUUCACUGGGCCAUGAUGUAUUUCGGGCUUGAACAGUUUUCAUUAGCUCGGCUAGACUCUAUGUUCUAUGUCGACUCCGGGAGCUCUUAA